AUGGCGGCACCUUUCACGUUGAGGAAAAUCGGUGUUCCGCCGAAUUCAGCGAACCUGACGGAAGCUCGCCGCCGUGUUUUCGAUUUCUUUAGAGCUGCCUGUAGAUCCAUCCCUACCGUCAUGGACAUUUACAAUCUUCAAGAUGUCGUCGCGCCUUCUCAGCUCCGCUUUGCAAUCUCUGCUCAGAUUCGGAACAACGCUCACAUCACCGACCCUAAGGUAAUUGAUCUGCUUCUAUUCAAGGGAAUGGAAGAGCUGACUGAUAUAGUGGAUCACGCAAAGCAACGUCACCACAUUAUCGGCCAAUACGUGACAGGUGAAGGGCUUACGCAGAACACCGGAAACAAGGAUGAAGGAAAGUCUGAUUUUCUCAAGAAUUUCUAUACCAGCAACUACAAUUAA